CAGACCACAGGGUAGCACACUUUAUCUGGAAUAACUGCAGUAAAGAGUCAGGGCAGCGCCUCAAACCUGAAGCUCACAGGCUGCUGUACAGGCUGGAAACACACAGGUAAACUGUACAGGGCAAGUGAACCCGGUGUGGGCCUGCCUGUGUGUACAGUGUGCUGACGGAGCCGCAGAAACACCACAAGCUCAAGCGUCAUGUCGGCCGCAGGACAUGAGGAACAGGCAGAGACCUUGAGGAUCAUGCUGCUUGGAAAGUGUGGGGCAGGCAAGAGCUCGAGUGGGAAUACCAUCCUUGGCCGAAAGGGGUUUAAAUCAGACAUGAAGCUCAGCAGAGUUACUAAGAUCUGCGAAAAGGAGGUCGGGAUGGUUGAUGAUCAACCUGUUGCUGUGAUUGACACUCCCGGGCUUUUUGAAAUUGAGGGCGACCGGAAGAUGGAGGAAAUUAUUCGAGAGAUCCUGAAGUGCGUCAAACUCCAGGAACCAGGACCACAUGCCUUCGUGAUUGUGGUCCCUUUGGGAAGGAUGACCCAGGAGGAUCAAGACACCAACACACUGAUUGAGAAACAUUUCGGCCCAAAUGUUUGGGACUACACCAUCGUGCUGUUCACCCACGGGGAUCACUUGGAGGGCAAAACGAUAAACGAUGUCAUCUCCGAAAGCGAAGACAACCUCCGCAACUUCCUACGCAAGUGUAGCGGUGGCUUCCAUGUCUUCAACAACAAGAAUCCAGAGGACUUGGAUCAGGUGACCAGCUUUCUGACAAAGAUCCGUGCCCUGGUGGCCCUGAAUGGACGGGGUCACUACCAUACAGACUUGUACCCACCAAAGGAGAGGAGGAUCAGGAAAAUACAGGAGAGCAUCCUCACAACCAGAGAUAAGGAGAUCAGCCAGAAGGAGACUGAGCUGCAGGAGUUUUACAAGGACCAAGAGCUGCAGAAGAGAAGGAAGGAGCUGUGGCGAAAAGAGGAGGAGAGGGCCAGACUGGAUGCUGAAAAGAAGAUAAGGAACGAGUUCAACAAAAUGAUACUGAUUAUUAUUUUGGUGGUCUUGGCUGCAGCAUUACGGUGUAUUGCUAGCGCUCUCCCGGUCCUGGAGGCUGACGAGGGCAGCCCAUAA